CACGCAUCGCUCUAGCUGACCAGGGACACCCUCGCCACAGUGGUGCAGGAGAUGGAGGAGAGCUGCACCUCGCCACCGCCGUCGCGGGAUCUGGCAGGAGGAAGGACGCACGCGCGCCGGCGUGCCGCUGCCCCGCGCGCGUGCCGCGGCUGCCUGCCUGUCCCGCUCCUGCGGCUGCCUGCACCGCGCCCGUCCGCUGCUGCCGCCAAGCUCAAGACCCUCAAGCCACUCCAAGAUGCCGUCGAGGCACCCUGCCCCCUCGCGGCCGAUUGCGGCAGCUGCAUGACCAAGUCCCUUGCGUAUGCCGCGCAGAUCCGACACAAGCACCACCAGGGUCGAGACACUCCACGGCCGGCAUGCACGCCCACAUCCCUGCCUCCGACCGGUUCGUCGAUGGCACCGGCGCCCUGGCCAACGGCGCCACGAUCCGCUGCUCGCCGUCCGGCCGACGUCCUCUGCUGCCGUCGUGCAGCGCUCGCCGGCCAGAGACACUACGCAAGUCGGGUGAGAAACCAUCGUCUGGACGUCGGCAUGCCCGUGCCCUCCAACGUUGUCAUCAUGCCACCACUCAGGGUUAUUGGCAUCUCUUGUACUAUGGACAUGCCGAGACAACCACGCGUGACACUUACCGAUAUCACCAACACCUCAACCUCAGAUCAAGCCGGUGCCGUGGAUGCUGCUGCGCCGAGGAGGCAAGAAAGGAAUAAGCAACAACGCAAACGGCGAUCUGAGAUGUCUGAUGAACAAAGAGAAGAGAUUAAUAGGAAACAACAUGAGUAUCGUGCGCGAAAAAAGGCAGAGUCAAACCGCACUUACCCUACAGGCGUCCUCACUCCAACCAUGACAUCCUCCACAUUGGCAGUUCAGAAUCAAAGCCAUUCUGCCAAUCCACUGUUUGAGUGCAUGAAUAAAGUAACUACAUGAUCGAUAUUUCUAUUGGAGAGCAUGAGCUUAUAACAAAACUUUCAAUUAAUCUGUUUAGUGCAUAACAUCUCGAAGUUUUCAGGCACAAUUUUUUUAAAGGUUUCACAUGUUUUUAGUAGUGAAGCAGCUAGGAAGCUUUGGCAUAUGCUCCAUCGUUUGGAUUUGUUUUUGGAUUUGUUUUGUAAGUGUGAUGAGACAAAUCUGUGGAAAGAAGAAAUGAUCUUGCUCCACUAUAAUUAUGUCUUAUAUCUCAAACAUAAUUCUGAUGUAUGUCAACUGAAUUUACGUGA